UUGUUUCCAUUUCAGGCUCGAGAUGUUUCGUUACAGAAAAUCGAAAAGGUCGAGAAAUUUCCAUUUCUUCUUAUAAAUACAGUCUUUAUGCUCUCGGUUUUCCUCAGAAGUCGAACAUCAAAUAUCAGCAAACAAAUCGAGAACAAAUUUCACAAGUUUCUUUUUGAAAAAACUCUCAAAGACAAAAAUGUCGUUGAUUCCAAGCUUCUUCGGUAACAACAGGCGUGGCAGCAACAGCUUCUUCGAUCCUUUCUCCCUCGACGUUUGGGAUCCACUCAGGGAGUUCUCUUUCCUUUCCCGAGACAACUCCGCGAUCGUGAACGCGCGUGUGGACUGGAGGGAGACGCCCGAGGCGCACGUGUUCAAGGCGGACUUGCCUGGACUCAAAAAGGAGGAAGUGAAGGUGGAGAUCGAGGAAGACAGCGUGCUGAAGAUCAGUGGAGAGAGACACGUGGAGAAGGAGGAUAAGAACGACACGUGGCACCGUGUGGAGAGAUCGAGCGGGCAGUUCACGAGGAAGUUUAGGCUUCCUGAGAACGUGAAGAUGGAUCAGGUGAAGGCUGCGAUGGAGAAUGGUGUGCUGACUGUGACGGUGCCUAAGGCGGAGACCAAGAAGGCUGAUGUCAAGUCUAUCCAGAUCUCUGGCUGAUUCAAACAUCCGACCCUGGUUUGAGCUUUGGUUUUAAAGUUGUCUUGUUGUUUGUCUAUGUGUUGUGUACUGGUUCUGUUUUACUGAGCGAUGGUGCUGAUGUUGUAUCUUAAUAAGAGUCUGGAAUAAGGAACUUAACGUGAAUAACGUGAA